UUGCUGUGGCACGGGAUGAUGAAGAGGAGAGUUAUGUGGACGUUGAUAUUGACGACACAAGCGAUGAAUAUAACACUGAUCUCGAUAUAUAUGGUAGCCAAGAAAUGGAGGGUGGAUAUGACUCAGAAGAAACAGGCUGGUUAGGCCGAUUGGAAAGCAGGAAAGGAGGGUGCACAGUCUCACUGGUCGACCCGGAAUGGAUUCUCACAGCCUCACAUUGUGUGACGAACAUACAAUUAACGUGUAAAGACAAGGAUUGUAUUUCGGAUUCGGUGUAUGAUGGCUCCGUGUACAUGGGAGGAGUGAACGGUAUGUUUUCCGGUGUUGACGGAGAAGUGCGAGGGGUGGAUUAUGUAGCAAUCCGAGAUGGUGAUGCGAGUGGCAGUUUGAGAACAGAGGACAUUGCUUUGCUUCAUCUCGAUUAUGCGGUUUACACCGAUUUUUACCCCCAUAUUGUGACUGAAACUUACAGGGGAGAGUUUUCAAUGAAAUGA